AUGGCAGAGCAAUACGAGCUCGCCCGCAUCUCGUCACCACCUGCGACGACGAUGCCGCCGGAGGAGCUCGUCGAGCCCGCCCAGCAUGAUCCGGGGCUACACAAACGGACUUUGCGGGAGCUAGAUUGGCUUCUGUUGCCCUUUCUUGCCCUGCUGUUCCUGUUCAACUCGCUGGAUAAAUCCGACCUGAAUACCGCCGUUGCGCUCUUCUUCGCCUUCUUCGUCGCUCUACAGCCUGUGGGUGCUGCCUUGGGAAGGAGAUAUGGCAUGGUGCUCUGGGUGCCGAGCUGUAUGCUGCUAUGGGGGAUUUCGACGGCGCUGCAUACUUGGGUGAGAGCGCGGUGGCAGCUCUAUACGCUGAGGAUAAUCAUCGGAUGCUUGGAAGCUGGUUUCUACCCCGUCACCGUGUCCUACCUCUCGCUUUUCUACACGCGCUUCGAGUUCGGCCGGCGACUUUCGCUGUUCUAUGGCCAGGCGGCUGUCGGCGGCGCGCUCGGCGGCAUCAUUAGCUUCAUUGUUUUCUCCCAGUUUCGCGACGAGCACGGCGAGGGCGGUGACCCUGGGCUGCAUACGAAGUGGCAGAGCUGGCAAGUUCUGUUCCUGCUGGAGGGCGGCUUGACUAUUAUUGUGGCGUUGGCUGGCUACUUUUGGCUCCCCCACAGCGCCGCAACGGCGUGGUUCUUGACGCCGGAAGAGCGGGAAUACGCUUCUUCGCGGAUUAUACGGGACCGCUCGACGCAGGCCGAAUCCGCCACUUUACCGGCCCAAGAGGAUGAGGAAGAAAGAGAAUACGACGAAGAAUCUCGCGGUUUACUAAAUCCGUCUCAAGCAUUUCCCGACAUCGCAGGACAAGGUUUAACGGAUGAUCGCGGCCUGACUCCGCAUGACAUUGUGUCCGCAUUUCUCUCCCCGAGAAUUUGGCAUAUACUAGUCUGUAACAUCCUCUCUGCGGUUCCUGUCUACGCAUUCGCCGUCUUCCUCCCGCUCGUCUUAGCCCCCCUGACAGAGUCGCCGAAUCCAGCACUGGUCAACCUUCUCACCGCGCCGCCGUACAUCUUCGGCGCUAUCACGCUGUAUCUGUUCGCAAGCUACAGCGACAGGCACCGCAAGCGCGUCAUUCCCGUCCUAGCCGGCCUGGCAAUCAUGGUAGCAGGCUUGAUUCUCGUAGUUACGCUCCCGACAUCGAAAGCAUGGGCAAUUCCGCGCUACCUUGCGCUAAAUAUUCUCCUGUCCGGCACAUUCAUUGCUUCUCCGCUGACAGUGGCCUGGAUAUCCGGCAACACACCCUCGCCCGGAAAACGCGCUCUACUUCUCGGCAUUAACGGCUGGGGCAACCUCGCUGGCGUCCUGUCCGCCAUGCUCUUCAAACCGAAGUACGCGGAUUCCGGAUACAUCACACCGUUCUGGUGGACGCUGGCCUGCGUUGCUACGGCUGCAGCUGGCUAUGUCCUCCUAUUGCGGAAUCUGAGAGCUGAGAAUGCUAGGAGGAGGGAGUUGUUGAGCAAGUGGGAUGAAGAGGAUGUCGAGCGGGAGAGGCUCCAUGGGCAAGGACCAUUGAAGCAAGAGUACAAGAUCGUGCGGAUACUGAUCGCCGUCUUGAGGAAGAGUGCUAUGGUUCCUUGGGUGGCGGAGUGGUUGGAGGCUACGCAGGGUGGGAGAGAGGGCGAUGAAAAGAUCACCUUCGUGUAUGGGCUGUGA